AUGUCUUCUGUACUCCCAAAGUUUACGAGAUCGGUGGAUGGCACGAUUCCCGUCCCUGCUUUGUUGUACCACGAUGAAGAGACGUAUGCGGAGCAAGAUGCUGUCGGAAUAUAUGACGGGACACAAAAAGCACCUAAUCACCAGAACGGCACGGUUUUCGUCACAAGCCACCGUCUCUUCUACGUGGACCUGGCCAAACCGCACUCACGCUCGUUCUCCCUCGACCUCGCUCAUGUUAUCCGAACAGACUACUACGCCGGUCUCUUCACGUCCUCUGCAAAGGUUACGCUUUAUUUGUCCAUGAGCGCUGCGGGGCCGUCUCUAGAAGCAGGCGAGAGCUGGGUCUGCGAGGUCUGCAACUAUCGCAACCCCCCAGGCGCAAGCCUAUCAGGUGCCAAGUGCACUUUAUGCGGGGUGCCUCGCGCUAAGACUGGCUCGUCCUCGUCCACGGUCGCUUCCCCGUCACCGAGGACAGGGCAGAACGCGCAGUCGGCGUCUGCAUCCGUUACACCGGCUCACACCCCAGCACUGGACGCGCAAACCGAGAUCGCGUGUCCCGCUUGCACGUUCCUCAAUCACCCAUCCUUGCGAGAGUGCGAAAUAUGUGGCACGGGGCUUCCUCGCGCUCCUGCCAAGUCGGCACCGGUCUCGCGACCAGCGUCUCCGCCCAUGGAGGAGGAUUUGAACACUUCCGGGGAGAGCAUGAUGAAGCUCAGCUUCAGAAAGGGUGGCGACAAGAUACUGUACGCUGCGCUGCGCAGGAGCCUUCUUGGGAAGGCCUGGGAGAUCAAGCAUGCGCCCGCCACCGCCCAGUCUAGUGCGGAGUUAUCCGGUAUAGGCGGCCUGAUGCGCUCUGCAGAAACGAAUGCCCAAACACGACAGGAUAGUAUGGAAGGUGCUCUGGCCGACCUAGAGACGCUCAUGAUCAAAGCUCGGGACAUGAUUCGCCUCUCAGCCGAGCUCAACGAACGGCUCACGGCCAUGUCUUCCGUCGCACCUGCUGCAGAUGCUCUCGCUGCCCCAUCUGUUUCAUCAUCAACUCACGCAUCAGCCUAUGCGCCAGGUACUCUGAUUCCUGGAGCGCAAGCCGAGGAUGCCACACUUCUACGCUCGUCACUUGCUCAGCUCGGUCUGCAUAUGGAGAACACACCGGUUACUCUGGAUAUGAUCCGCGACGAGAAACGAUGGCACGAGGAACUUGCACGCGAGCUCGCAGGCGUCUUACAGGGCGACGGACGGCGCGCCGGCUUGAUGCGAACCCGUGGCAUCAUCGGCAUAGAUGAGGUCUGGGGAGGGUGGAACCGUGCCCGUGGCGUCGCGCUUAUACCACCGGAGACGUUCCUGCAAGUGCUGCCGCAUCUUGCAACGUACAGUAAUCCUCCCAUCAGCGUCCGCAAGUUCUCCUCGUCAGGGCUAACGGUCCUGCACUCACCCGCAUACGCACCCAUCGGAUUCGUUCCGCGAUUACAGGGCCUUAUAGGGGACAAUCGCCCUCGCACGACACUUGAAGUGGCGUGGGCGGAAGACAUCCCUGUUGCGCUCGCUGCUGAGAUGAUCGGGGAGGCGGAAAUGGCGGGAGAUGACAUACACGUGGAGGUCAAGGCGGACGUCGCGGACGCUCUCAACCAACGCCCAGUGUCCCAGCCGGCGCAUCUCGAGUGGUGCUUCCUCGUUUGA